UUGCCUGGACUUUCAACUAGUAUUACAAAACUUGUUAAGUGUAUGUCUUAUUAGCACUCCAUCGUCACAUUUUUGUUUGUUUUUGUUCCUUUUCUUUGAUUUCAUUUUGAUUUAAUCACUACUUGUGUUAUCAACCAACUCCAACAAUGCUGCAAUCUUCUUGCAUUGGUUUUUGCGGAGGCUAAUUAUUUGAGGGUGUUAGAAAGUGUACAACUGACAGAGUACUUAUCAGCACACGACGUGAAUAUCUAUUGAAGAAUACUGAGACCUCACUUGGAGCACUUGGACUUUGUUGGGCAGUAUUUCUCUGGAGCAAUUGUUAUAAAACUCCACUUGUCACAACAGUUUAUGAGUAAAUAAUGGGCAAACAGAACAGUAAGCUCAAACCAGAAGUGUUAGCUGACUUAAAAGAAGAAACAGAGUUCUCUGAGGGGGAACUCAAAGAGUGGUAUAAGGGAUUUUUGAAGGACUGCCCUACUGGACAUCUCACUGUAGAAGAGUUCAAGAAAAUCUAUGGCAAUUUCUUCCCUUAUGGAGAUGCAUCUAGGUUUGCUGAGCAUGUGUUUCGUACAUUUGACAAGAAUGAUGAUGGCAAUAUUGAUUUCCGUGAAUUCAUGGUUGCACUGUCGGUGACAUCUCGUGGAAAGCUGGAUGACAAAUUAAAAUGGGCUUUCAGCAUGUAUGACAUGGAUGGUAAUGGUUACAUUUCUAGGGAAGAAAUGUUGGAAAUAGUCAAGGCUAUUUAUAAGAUGGUAGGCACUGUUAUGAAAAUGCCAGAUGAUGAAAGUACACCAGAGAAACGUACUGACAAGAUUUUUAAUCAAAUGGAUACAAACAGUGAUGGAAAACUUUCUCUUGAAGAGUUCAUUGCUGGGGCCAAGAAUGACCCAUCCAUUGUGCGUCUCCUGCAGUGUGAUGCCACAACUUCCACACCUCAACCACCUGUAGGAUGAAUACAGAAAUGUAACCGAUAAAAAAGUAUUAUAAUUCAAAAUGCAACUUGAAUAUAUGCUUGAUGCCACUGUAGUGUAGAAUACCUAUAUCUUGCUUGCUAGUUCUCUUGCUAUAAGUUUCCUCUUUUAGCAGUGGGUAUUUAGAACAUCGAUAAAUUACUAUUUAUACUUACUAUAAUUUCAGUCAUAAUGCUGAUAUCUGAGUUACAAGUGUACAUAACUCUCAAAAGAAAAUUGUAUUUGAUUUAUAUAAUGACAGCCUUUUUUAAAGAGGGGGAAGAUAGACAUUGUGAAUUGUGUUAUGAGGUUGAUUUUUUUCAAUUACUAUUUAUUUUAUGCAUGUAUUUAAUUCAUGUUCCUGCUGUGUACCUCGGGAAAUAAUGUUAUGUAUUGGAGUCUAAGCAUUAGUGAAAAUGGACCAGCAUACUUAACAUGUCAUGUGUUAAUUAAUAAGAAAAAAGAGAGCUCCACACUCUGAAUACCUUCGGAGCUUCAGAAAAUUGUUGAAAAUUUGUUUUCACCAACUUAUUUGUGGCUUGUAAAUGUGGAUUUAUGAAAUAAAGCACUACAGAAACAUGUAA